AUGAAGGUCUUCUCCACCGCUGCAGCUCUUCUGGCGUCGCUGGCCGCGCACACGGCGACCGCCGGCUACGUGACGACGUCGGGCACCAACUUCGAGCUGGAUGGCAAGCCCUUCUACAUCUUCGGCACCAACGCGUACUGGGCGUCGGAGAUCACUUGGAGCAAGACGGACCUGGCCACGAUCUUCAACACGAUGGCCGACAGCGACCUGACCGUGUGCCGCACGUGGGGCUUCGCCGACCUCAAGGAGGCUGGCAACGCGCCGUACAACAUCGUGUACCAGUUGUGGCAGGACGGCAAGCCCACGGUCAACACGGGCGACAACGGCCUCGGCUACUUCGACCUGGUGGUCGCGGCCGCCAAGGCCGCCGGCGUCAAGCUGGUCGUGCCCUUCGUUAACAACUGGUCCGACUACGGCGGCAUGGACGUGUACGUCCAGCAGCUAGGCGGCACCUACCACGACGAGUUCUACACGGACGAGAAGAUCAAGGCCGCGUACAAGAACUUCGUCAAGACGUUCGUGACGCGCUACGCCGACGAGGAGACCAUCAUGGCCUGGGAGCUCUGCAACGAGUGCCGCUGCGCGGGCUCCGGCACGCUCAAGGAGUCGGGCAACUGCACCCACGCCACCAUCACGGACUGGAUGACCGAGAUGUCUGCGUACAUCAAGUCGCUGGACAAGAACCACCUCGUGGCUUCUGGAAGCGAGGGCUUCAUGAACACGGACAGCAGCGUGUACCUGUACUCCGGCCCCUCGGGUGUCGACUUCGACGCCAACCUGGCCAUCGACAGCAUCGACUACGGCGCGUACCACGCGUACCCGGACUCGUGGGGCGUGGACACCGCCAAGGCCGAGUCGUGGGGCGUGCAGUGGAUCGACGACCACGUUGCGUCUGGAAAGAAGGCGGGAAAGCCGGUUGUGCUCGAAGAGUACGGCAUCAAGGCGCUGGACUCGGCGUCGUACCUGUCUUGGAGCGACCAAGUGUACAAGUCCAAGUCGCACAUGCAGUACUGGCAGUUCGGCAUCAAGUCGCUCAGCACGACGGAUGACGGCUACACGAUCUACGACAAGGACGAGCUCUUCUCCACUGCCAUCGCCACUGCCGCCGCCAAGUUCGCGUCGCUCAACGGUGGCUCCUCCUCCAACUCGUCCGCCAGCACGACGACGACGACGACGACGACUGCGCCGACCACGAGCUCCAGCGUUGCCGGCGAGGCUGAGACCAGCGAGUCGGCCGACACCACCUCGAGCGCGACUGAUGCGUCCACUACGCAAGACUCGACCACGGGCUCGGCUGUUGAAUCGACUACGGGAUCGGGCACUACCACGCAGGACUCGUCUAUUGAGUCGGCCACUGGCUCGGCCGCGGGAUCGGAUACUGCUGCUUCUGGCACGGAUGCCUCAUCCGACUUGACCCCGUCGACGGCUUCGAGCACCGACGCUUCUUCGGGCAGUCCUACCACCACGUCCACGGCUUACAGCACGGGGGCUUCCGCUGAGGACUCGACGGCUGGAUCGGACUCGCCUACCCAGUCCACCACUGACGCCCCCGCUGCUACUACGGCCGCUCCAUCGAGUGACAAGUGCGCCGUUCGUCGCCGCGCUUAGAUGUUUGUGCGUCGUGUUGGGGAAGUUUUGAGUGUUUCAGAAGCAGGAUAGUGUGUCUGCGUUGUAAGUGAAAUUCCACACCUCGGAAUGCGUAGUUAACGACACAGAAAGGCUUCUGAUGCAACAUGAUUCACUGAAUAUUU